UGACAAAUGUAAACACACACACUUGAGUAACUGUGUCAAGUGAUACUGAAACUACGGGAAUCGAAGGAGUUUUGACGUAAGUUUGAAUGUUGCAUUUCUUAAUUUACUACAGGUCUUAAUAUUGGACAGUAUAGUCAACAUAUGGUACUUUGAAUCUGCCGAUUUAGGAAAAUCUCAGACUUUAAACUAAUCUCUCAUCAAUAAACCCAACUAUACAUGUACUAGGCCUAAAGUUAAGAUAUUUCCCUGGCUUAGGGUUAUUUUUCACUUUAUUUCUCCCCUGUAAAGGCACUCAUGUGCAUGGAAAUUACGUAUGACAAAAGUAGUUUUGAGAAUCUGCACAUGAUUUAUUGGUUCUGGGUGCUGUACCGUUGGAUUUCUUGUGAAGUAAUGAGGCAUCAGGGCACUUUGGGACUUUGCAGAUUUAUCCAAGAAUAUGUUGAAUUCCUGUCGACUGCGGCUGGAUUAUUUAAAAAGCGUUCUGGUCGUAUGUAGGGCAUGUUAUUAAAAAAAAGUAAUCGAGAUAUUCAAGCCAGGCCCAGGGAGGAUCGACAGAGAUACUGUCAUAUGUCACAUGGGCUUAUCUUCCGCAUUGAUAAAAAAAAAUGAAUCCUCUUGUAAACCACCUUUGAAGUCGUUUUGAUAAAGUUAUGCCGACAGGUUUCGGCAAUUUAUACGUCGUCUAAAUUUACAUCCCCUGCAAGUAGUAUCAUAUCGAUAUCAAAUGAUGGAAUGCGUGUCAACCGACGGAAGGUACAUCAUCAUUUAGGAAAAUCAUCGCUGCUGCGAAUUUUGCCACGAUAAUCCAAUAAAUCAUGUAAAUUGUUAGUUUGGGGUACAGAAACGGGUGUUGAACUGAAUGGGGGUAUUUUUACCAAGUUGGCGACUUUUGCCCCUUGUAUUGAUAUGAUAUUUACUUGCAGGGGGUGUAAUUGAAACGAUGUAUAGAUUGCAGAAACGUGUCGGCAUCUUUAUGAAAACGACUUCUAAGGUUGUUUUUUUUAAGAGGAUUCAUAUUUUUAAUUAUAUUUUUUAUCUUCCACAAUCCGAAAAGACAAGCCCCUGUGCCGUAUAUCGCUUAUAUUUCGAGGAUUUUAGUAUCAAAAUCAUUUUCAUACCACACUUACAUAAUUAUGUAUGAAUACAUGUAGAUGAUACAUACUAAUUACCGUUGGUAUUGAAUACCAUGAAGCAUAGUACACACAAUACUCAUUCACAACUUUUUAUUCCUGAAAAAUAAAGGACAACCUCAACAGGAGAGAGACUCUGUGACGUCUCAGUAUUUUCAUUGGAAAAUCUUCAUUUUCGUUUCAAUUUUCUUGCCAUUUCAACUUUGAAACUACGGAAUUUCACAGAAAUGAAACAGUCUUGAAUAGACAGCAGUGCCUUAUAUCUGGCUGCUUUCGCACCUAGUCCUUUGAUUGCUCAUCAGCUGCUGUGAUUAGCGCAGAACAUACCCAUGCAUGGAUCGGUCAUUUCUGAAGAACUUUUGUAACUUAAGAUUUUUAUUUUUAGAACUUGUUGUCGAUGUGAACUGCUCAGUAUGGUGCUGUGACGUGUGAAAUCUUGUUACUUUAGUAUCGUGAUGUUGUUCUGACAACAACAUUAGGAAUUUUAUUCAAGCUUUUCAUCAUAGGAAAACCAUGGUGGAAUACGAAUAUAUAUAAACGUGUGCUACAUGUGUGGGGGUGGGGUGACAUCACUCUAAACAACAUUAUCAUAAUGGGUUGCCACCACUUGAUAUCAACAACCUGACAGGCAUAGUUACAGGGGAGGGGACAACCUUAAUAUUGUCUGAGAUACAUUAUCGUUUGCGCUUAUAUUUAUGUGCAGUUCCAAUCAUAAAAUAUUAAAUUUUCGACCCCUGGUAUAAAUUUGAUCCAACACCCCCACCCUUCCGCGGGUUAAAAAAUUCUGGAUCCGGCAUGCCUCGUUUACAAUACACUAUUCAUGCAAUACACUUAUACCAACAUGUAUCAUAUAAAUCUAAUCAUUAUCUGCUAUAAUCUCCCUUUCUGUAAUGGCGUAUGACAUUAUGUAUUUAGUGUGACAUUGAACCCUGCCUUAGUACCAGCUUUUGAUUAGUUACGAUAGUUUAUUAUGAACUCUGACAGCCUUGGAUGACGUAUACAAAGUUAUACAUGCUCUGAAGUCCUGUGGUAUAUUGUCAGGUUGGUUGGUAAGUAUAUAGACUCUGACAUGAUUCUAUAUAUAAAAUGAUACAAAAAUCAAGAUACAGUUUUGAUAAUAUUUUACCCAAAGUUUACAACAAUAAUGAUUAUGCGUAAGAAUAUAUCAAAAGAGUGAUUCUGACGAAAUGCAAUAAUCGGUAAGGUUUCGAAAACGUAUAGAUCUUUUCAGUAUAAUGAAGGUUUUCAGCCAUGCUUGUUGUUCAUUUUGACCGAGUAUCGUGGAUGGUGUACAUACGGCUCGAAACACAUAUACAAUGUACGAGGGAGUAUCAGUACCGAUAGCGACUCAGAAUCAAGCGAUUCAGAAAGGGAUCAAAUUAUAUUUGUUUCCAAACCCGUAUCAUAUACGGAUAGAAAUGUCUUAAACACUUCAGGUGUUAAUCACAAUACUUGUCUCAAUAGUUCAAGUGAACAUAUAAGAUCAGGUGAUUUAGGGACAAUCUAUACUUUUAGUGUUGAUGAUAGUAGACCCUCACUACAGCAAGAAACAUUUUCUUCUGUUGAACUUCAGAAUAGCUCUAACACAAAUUCUUUUGCAGAUUAUUCGAACGUAAAUAUAAAUAAUCCGUCAAGAAAUAGUGAAUCGAACCGGUCUACAUUCAGUCCACAACUCCGUCGCUCAGAUCGCGGACGAAAACCUCCAGAUAGAUAUGGAGAGUGGGUUGUAGGUGAACAAACUGCGCAAGUAUGGUAUGUUUAGGAGAGAAUGUCACAGGAUGAAACAGUCUAGAUAGUUUUAGGAUAUUUCGUACUUAUUCAUAUGAUUAGUUAGGAAAUUAGUUUAAGUUAUUUUAAGUGGAUUAAUCAUAUAAUUUUUCAGAGCAGUAUUUGAUCCAAUUUUAUUUAUGACAUUACCAUGUGCACUAAAACUGAUUAUCUUGCAUGUUGCGGCCAUGAGUAUUUACAUGUUGCAGCUUCUGUUAUUUGAUCUUCUUAUUUCCAGAUCAGUUGCAUUAGUAUCAUUAUUAAUAUUAAUAUUUAAUUGAAUUUUAUUACAGUCCUGAGUUCUGAUCUUAGAAAUGUCAGGAGACAUUUUCUCUAAGAGGGGGAGAAUGUCACAGGAUGAAAUAAUUCAUAUUUAACAUACUAAUAUAAUUUCAUUACGUUACUGAUUUCAUCGUAAGUCGUUUCAUUUCAUUCAUAUUCAUGGGGAUGAACGCUGAUUAGUAGAGAGAGAAGUGUGAAAGGUCAGUAUGGUUUGUGUGUAGUUGUGAGUAUCUUGUGAGUUGUUUUUACUGGUUUGGUGCUAUAUAAGCAAGAUUGGCGCCAAUUCCAGAAACUAACCCAGCAACACUCCAAAUCCGGACUGAGUGACUUAUUAUUCACAUAUUGUCAUAUCAAAGAAACUAAGUUUUACUGCAGUUUCUGUUCUUCCGAGUUUACGGUAAGAGUUUGAAUUUACUCUAUUGGUAAAUAUUUAUAUAUUACAUUAAUUUAUAAAUAUUUUGUAAUCAUUAUUUUAAUAUAACUAAAAGUGUGAAUGAUAGAGUGAGAGAGAACUUAAUUACAAUCAUGUAUUUUACAUAUUUUUUAGAUCAUCCUCCAGAAUUAGGAUAUAACAAUAAAGAACUUUAGAACCCGAACCACCAGUGUGUUUUGAUUUAAAUACAUGACGGUUACAUAAAUAAAAACAUGGCAUAAUAACUAUGGAUUAGAAAGUUCAAUUUUAGAUUUAUGUAGGAGAUCUUGCUCCAUCAUUUUCUCCUUCUAUAAUCUGCAUUUCAUUUUAUAUUUAUAGAUAGAAAAACUUGCAAAGGAUACAAGAUUAUUCAGAGAGAUUGUUUUUUCCCACUGAUUUCAUUAUAAUAUCCCAGCAAUCUAAUUAAAAUUAGAUGUUAGAUCCGCUCGCGUUAUGUAUGCGAGUACGCGAACGGAUCUAACAUCUAAUUUUAAUUAGAUUGAUAUCCCCGUACAAUAGUUUUCCAUGUAAUAUAAAACUUCAAGAAGGAGCUAAUUUUCUUCCAAAUAUGCUUAGUAAUUUUGCAUUCAUAUAAAAUAUUUUUGAUGUCUUCAUCGACAUUGCAAUCUUCACAUGAUGGAGACAUAUCCUUUUUCCAUUUGCUUUCAUGUACAUUAUUGUUCAAAGUACCAUUAAGUAGUUUAUAGUUAAAUUCUGAUAUUCAAUAUUGGCAAGAAUAAAGUAAAUUUUAUAUGCAAGGGUUGUGUAGAGUUUUCCUCCUAUCUAAAGACCCACUCAUAAUGAAUUGAGAAUCUUCACACGGACACCUAACCUUUUGAAGCAUUUUUUGAAAAUGAAUUUUUUUUUACUUUCUUUUCCAGAUUCACCAAAUCAAAUUACAAAAACCUUAAAAGACAACAAAGAAACAAAACAUAAAAUAAAAAGAUGAAUUUAAAAAAAGGAGGGGGAUAAAAAAAAAAGACACCCCCCCCCCCAAAAAAAACAAGAGGAAAAGAAAAUAAGAAAAUCAAAGAUCAUGACUUACGAGUAACUACCAAUCAUAGAUGGAAUUAAUUAUCUACAGUGUAAUUAAUUACUGAUAUAAUGUCAUAUCGCUAAUAAUCGAGAUCGGGAUGCCGUAAAUCUUCAAUAAAUUUAAUGUAGAGCUAAAAAAAAAAAAAAAAAAUCCCAAGUACUUUUGACAAAUAUUGCAAAAUUAUUUUGUAAUCAUGUUUAUUUAAGCGGUAUACAUACAAAUAAACACUUAAAUUGCAUUAAAUUUGGAAAUUUUACCAGCGUACUCUAUAGUACUCUAACGUACUCUGUUUAGUAGUACCCGUUUUAUAGAUUACAUUAAAACCGGCGAACAGAAUGACUUCAUAUUUCUUGCACAUAAAAAUAUUUUUAUUUUAUAAAAUUAGGUUCAAAUUUUCUUUCUUCCCCAACAAAACCAUUAUACUAUUAAGAAAUAUUUAAACCCAAUUUUACAAAAAUCAAUCAAUUCAUCUUUUCUAGUGAAUGAAAUUCAUCUAUAUUAAUUUUAAGUUGACACCCCCAAAUUGUAAGCUGCCUGUCAAUCAAACAUUUAACAAUAGAUCUCAGGUGGAGUGACAUCUGUAGACAUUGUGGUCUGGGGCUACCCCAGAGAGGUGUUUUGAUAACAAUAACUGCCAGUAUAGGCAUUCUUUAGAUCUUGAGGAAGCCCAGGGGUCCGUGGAAUUACCGGAAACACCGUAAACACCAGACUGCAUUUAUCGGCGCCAUUGGCGUCCAUAUUAGCCAAUCAGAAUGUUGUUCCCGGUGUAGCGGUGAUCGCGGUCGCUGGUGCUCAGGGUCGCUCUAAAUAUAGCGGUAGCCCUGCUGUUCGACGCUCGCAUAAUUCGACCCAUAGAAUCAUCGAGAUCGGCAUCCCACCAAUGUCGUCCUGUACUCGAGCGAUCGAGUCUCGACUGAUUUAUAGAACGAGUCUAAAGGCAGCUCCCUGCACACCAUGUGACCAUAAUUGUGACGUCACACACAAAGUGAAAGUAGGCCUAGAAUCAAAACCCCCCAAACCAACCCAUGGCCAGUGAAGUGAACGCAGACUUGGCCCGGGAGAGGGGUCGGGCCACUUUUGAUCCAGAGAACUUGACAUGCUUACUUUACGGAGGGUCAUCCGCUGUGAAAAGAAGAAGAUAUCUUCAGAACUUAGUUAAAGAAGAUCCAGUUCUGAAGGGUCGCAAGCGAUGGGCUUUCCAGAACCGAGAGGAACGAGUAGAAACAGCCAUGUGGAAAUCCAUGUACUUAGACAAACGAACGAAGGAUCUGGGAAUCACAAGCAGCAGAGAAAAAGAAUACUUCCGAGAAGCGGCGGCAGCACAUGAAGGACACCCUAUGGGUCUACAUUUGGGUAUGAUCAUACCCACAAUCAAAAAUCAAGCAACAGAGGAACAGCAGAAAAAAUGGCUUCCCAUGGCAGAGAGCUUACGCAUGAUUGCUACAUAUGCUCAAACAGAGCUUGGACAUGGGACAUUUAUCCGUGGUUUGGAAACCACCGCUACGUACGACCCCCGAACGGAAGAGUUCAUCAUGGACACCCCGACGCUGACCGCCACUAAGUACUGGCCCGGAGCAUUGGGUAAAACCGUUAACCACUGUAUCGUCAUGGCCCAGCUGUAUACACAGGGAAGGAACUGCGGCAUCCACAUGUUCUUAGUUCAGAUCAGAGACAUGGAUACCCAUAUACCACUGCCAGGUGUAGAAGUUGGGGACAUCGGACCCAAGUUUGGAUUUGAAGAGAUGGACAACGGCUUCUUAAGGCUGAAUAAAGUUCGCAUUCCCAGGGAGAAUAUGUUAAUGAAAUACUCAAAGGUACAGAAAGAUGGUACAUAUAUAAAGCCACCCAGUGAAAAGCUAGCUUAUGGUUCCAUGGUACUUUUACGAUGUAGCAUAACAGGUUCUGUAGCGAGUUGUCUUGCACAGGCUUGUGUCAUAUCAAUCAGGUACAGCGCCGUGCGUCGGCAGACGGAGGUUAGCCCAGGAGGUGAAGAAGCGCAGAUAAUUGAUUACCAGACGCAGCAAUACAAGUUGUUUCCGCUGUUGGGCACUUCAUUCGCCAUGCUUUUCGCAGGCGAAUUUAUUUCCAAUUUCUAUACAACGAAGUACCCAGAAAUUGCUGCAGGAAACUUUGAGUUUCUACCGCAACUACACGCCAUGAGCGCAGGUCUGAAGGCGUUCGGUGCCUGGACUUGUUCUGAAGGGGUGGAGACCUGCCGCCUGUGUUGUGGAGGUCACGGAUACUCUCACGCCAGUGGACUGCCAAAGAUUUACUUGGACUGCACUCCAGCCUGUACUUACGAGGGAGAAAACAUGGUCCUCAUGCUUCAAGUAGCACGAUUUCUAAUGAAAGAAUAUACAAAGAUGAUGAAGGGGGAUUCCCUGUCCAGUCUUGCAGAAUUUCUAAGAAGCGAUCUCAGCAAGCGAUCAUGCAUGACGGAAGAUGUAGCUCUCAGAUGUCUGGUCAUGGGAUACAACCAUAGGGCUGCAAGGUUAGUAUCUGAUGCGGCGAGCAAUAUUCAGAAGUUGAUCGGAAAAGGGAAAAGUCAACUGGAAGCGUGGAAUUCCUCAACCGUCCGUUUGUUCUGGGCUGCUAGAGCAUUUUGUCACGCGUUUGUUGUCGAAAACUUCGUGAAGACCGUUACCGAGGGAAAUUUAGAUGACCAAACAAGAACGGUGAUGACGUCAUUGUGUAAGCUUUAUGCUGUUCAUGGCAUUAUCACAAACCUCGGCGAAUUCAUCCAGGAUGGGUUUUUCAGUUCGACACAAGUUCAAAUUUUACAAAACAAGUUGAUGUCAUUAUUGGCGGAUAUCAGACCCAAUGCAGUUACCUUAGUGGACGCCUUCGAUUACCCAGAUUCGGUCCUUCAGAGUUGUAUUGGACGGUAUGACGGGCAAGUUUAUCAGGCUUUGUACGAUUAUGCAAAGGAGUCCCCACUGAACGAAAAAGAGGUGCUGGAUUCAUACUACAAAUAUAUCAAACCAGCCCAGACAUCAUCUAAAGAUGUCAGGCUGUCCCGGUUAUAGUGCAUUGCUGCGACUAGAAAAGCAUUUGUCAUGUAUUAAAUAUAUGAAGUAUUAUGAACAGACUGAAAUUUCAACGAAGGAUGAUUAAUAAUACCGUUACUCAGAGAGUAAUUAAAUAUAUAUAAUGUUUUAAAAAUGAUUUUUAUUAUUUUAGAAAAUGCAUAUACAUGUACAUGUAUCUUGUUGAUUUUUUUAUGCAAUGCUGAAGAGUAAUGUUUUAUAUUGAAUAAGUAGUGCUAUUCAUCAAUGUUUUUAGAUCUUAUUAAUAAAUAAACAUGUAAAUUUAACAUUAGGUACAUGUACAUGUGCCUUUGAUCAAACGAAUUCGUUUGUUCACGAGUUCAAGGAACUUGACUUUUUGUUGAUUAAAAUGAUGUAUCAGAUGCAUUAGUUUUUGUAAAA